AUUGAGACUCUGGUCGAGACGGAUCCAGGUAAUAUCUCUCGAAUUCAACGAUUACAUGACAAUUAUCUCUGUAAUUAUAACUAACUACCUAGCCUUGUCAUCUGCUGUCUUCUUGCAACAGGCAUAGGAACUGUCGGUGUGCAUAUUGAAGGGAUACUAGUUACCAGACCAUGGGUUCUCACUUAGGUACUUAUAUGAAGACAUUUGCACUUUGUACGCCAGUACAAUACAAUUGGGAUAAAAGCAUACCAGGCAGCUGUACGGACCAAAGCCGAGCCUACCUUGGUGCCAGCAUUACAAAUCUAAUCAUCGACGCUUUCAUCGUUAUUUUCCCUAUGUCAAUGUUAUUUAGACUCCAAAUAUCAUGGCUGAAGAAACUCAGCAUUGCUGUCAUGUUUAGUCUUGGGGUGAUCAUAUGUGUCUUUUCACUCCUUAGAAUUUUUUCGAUUUUGUCAUGGGAUUUGACUGUAGUACCAAUAUCCGACAAUACUUACGAUGGUAACUAGCUGGUUAGAGGGCCUAAAAUGAAGGUACAAAAGUUGACACAUCAUCAAAAGGCAAUGGCAUCUAUAAAGUUUCGUUUCGAUAAUUUAGUAUAGACAUAUUAUAAAAGUGUAUGUCUUAGGUAAUUAUUAAAAGUCC